GACCUGGGCGGAGGUUGUUGUCAGCUGACAGGACUUCUUCCUUUCGUAUUUCUUUUGCAUCGUUUCUCCCACAAACAUUUCCUAAAUAAUUUCAAGCACACGUUAAUGAAAUGUCUGCGAAACCAACCUGUUUAAUAGUGGCGAGUGCUUCUCCUCAAGGGGUGUCAGCAAAAUCUUUCCAUCAGUGCUUCAAUCUCUGCAGCUCAGCGUUUAACCUCCAGACAGCCACACCUGGGGGGAAGCCAAUAGACUUUAUUGGAGUCGACGAAAGCACAGCAAGAUGGGUGCAGGACUUCAAUGUGAAACCCUACGCAACACCAGCCAAACUUGAAUCUAUAGAUGGUGCCCGAUACCAGGCGCUGCUCAUCCCGGACUGCCCUGGAGCGCUGAACGACCUGGCACACAGCGGCUCUCUGCACCGCAUUCUCACGCAAUUCAUCUCGCAACAAAAGCCUGUGUGUGCAGUGGGACAGGGAGUGUCAGCGCUGUGUUGUGCCACUGAAGGACAGAGAUGGAUUUUCAGUGGCUACAGCUUAACAGGGCCAUCAGUGUUUGAACUGGUGCGGAGACCUGACUUUGCCAACCUGCCCUUGAUUGUAGAAGACUUUGUAAAAGACAGCGGUGGAUCAUACACCGCAAGUCAAGAAGACGCCCUGCACAUAGUCGUAGACAGACAUCUAAUAACUGGACAGAAUAUGCAGUCGACCUCACUUGCUGUAAAUAAUCUAAUCCUGCUCUGUACUGCCAAAUAAAAAUAACAGGUAAAAACGACACCCGGAGCACUCAAUUUCAACAGCUUGGUUGUCCCACAUUUAUAUUCAUGUAAGUAAACAAACACUUAUCUUGAACAAACAUUGGAAGAUGCUGGGUCAGAGCAGAUGUUUGGCAAAACUGCAAAUACAACUUCAUUACUUGUCAAUGUUGUUAUUAUAAAACUAAGAAAAGCCACACAAUUUAAUGUCUUGAUUUGAAUAUUAAAAAAAAAUGAGCAAA